GUCGUCUGCACGUGUACCGCAUCCUGGAAUCCCCUCCUCCUCCUCCUCCAGGCUCUCGACUUCCACCUCCACGCUAACGACUUCAAUACCACCUGAGUCUUGGCUCCCUUUGAAUUCACAAGGAAGAACUCUUCACAUGGGACCCUCAUAGGCUGUCAUGAACAACCCGGAGGCUGCGGAAGAGGGCAGGGAGCCACGUCGGGAGGACUCCCCGACCCCGCCUGGUCAGCGUAACGGCCGUGGCUCUGUCCCAACGUUUUUGUUCAUCAGCUUUGUGCUCUUCAUGCUCACGAACAACCGUGGAGAAGAGAUAGAUGCUCGGUAUCAGUACAUGAAGGCGUUGGAUUCACUCAAUGUCCAGGUGGCGGACUUCUCAGCCUGGUUGCACGGGUCUCCUUCGAACUUCACGCUUCAUACAGAAGACAAUGUCACAAUGCCACUUGUCAACACUUUCGUCGACUUCGGUCCUGUACUCAACCCAGACGUGGGUUCAUACUACACCAACCUCACAGGAUUUUGGCAUGGUGAGGUUGACUUCUACAACCUCACGUCGCUCUCUGCAAACGAAUCUGCCCUUCCAUGGAGCUCUCUCGCAAACGACUUCGUCUCGCACACGAACGCUACUCUGCUACCCGAGCUCCUAGGCUCCUGGAACUGGGUCGCCACCGACAAGUUGAGCAUAAGUGUUGGUGAUAAGAUCGUCAUGAACCAGACAGUUCCCAACAACAUCUCUGAGGACGUUGCGAUCAUCCAUGGCAGGAUCGAGCUGUCGGAACCUAAGGCAUCAGAAGAGCUCAGGCUUGACUUCGACGGCAUACACUUCGUCUCUAAUGGCUCCAUCUAUGCCUUUGCAGAAACUGUUCAGGGUCGAGACCUGCGGAUGCUCCCUUCGCUUGUCCCCACUUCACGUUUGAACGACACUGCCCGGAUCAUCGAGGCUGAGCUCUCUGCUCGCAUGGCCAAGCUGAAGGAGAAGAUCGACACCGGUUCUAUUGACCAGGACGUACUAAACGAUUCCGACGAGCCGCCGAAAGCACGGUGUUCCUUCAGGCUGUACGGACACUUGGAACCUACAGACGUUCCUCAAGACAUGAUGAAGCAACUGGAAGAGGAGAUUGAGAAGCCGACGGGCAUCUGGACCGUCCGUCCGCCAGAGAUGCAGCUGAAUGGUGUGCUCGUCAGCCAGGACUGCGGUGUAUUGUUGAAAAUUAAAGAGACGACGGGACUCAAGUCACCGCAGCUUUACAGGAAGAUCACCACAUACGCUGGAAUAUCCACAAUCAUCAAUCUGAUACUGCUCAGGCUGCUCACACGAGAAACUGCACGCAUCGGUUCUGCGAUAGGCCUCAAUCGCGUCUCGCGAUAUACCUUUCUGGCACAAAGCCUGGUCGACGCCAUCUCCUUUGUCGGUCACAUCACGUUAGGUAUUUUGGCCGACGGUAGGGCAUCAUUGUCUGUGCUCGCUCCCGCAGGACUGGCGUGUAUGCUCUUCAUCAACGAAGCGCAAUUUGCAGUUGCUAUUGGUCAAGUGCAAGCGCCAGAAGACGUGGCACCGCCUCCAGCACCUCUUCCAGCACCACCUCCAAUCCCUCCAGUCCCCUCGAACAAUGUUGCCGCUCACCCCUCAGCUGCUCCAUCCUCCGCCAGCAACCCACCCAUCAUUGCGACUGAACGUCCGUCCUUCCUGAGGUUCCUGUGGAAUCAUAUCAGGACAGACCCAUCUGCAAGACUUUGGACAAUCAUAUCUCUCUUCCUCAUCGUUGUCUUCCGCAUCGUCAUCUUACUCUCGCUUCCGCUGUUCUUCGUCGCCUCGAUGUACAGCUUCAUCUGGGCAGUGCAGAUUUACAGGUCUGCCCGGAGGUCGAGGGGUAGUGGCCUCAGUACAGAAUACCUCGUAGGCACGACCGUCUGCAGGCUGUUCUUCAUACUGUAUUUCAUUGGAUGCUCAAAGAAUAUCCUGGAUGUGGAGCCUCGACGAUGGGUAUACAUCGUCCCUGUGCUCAUGUUCGCCCAGGUCAUCACACUCAUCCUCCAAGACCGCCUCGGCCCAACCUUCUUCCUAUUCAACCGUGUUACCAUACCGAAGUCUUACGACUAUCACCCGCCGUUGCCCCUUCCCGACCCAGAAGCGCCUGAACAGACCCUCGGCGACUGCGCCAUCUGCAUGGACGCGAUCGAGUCGAGUGACGGCAAGGAGCGGGGCGACCUCGGUGUCAUGGGCCUCGCUGCCACCGCGCAUAGGCUGGGUUCCACGAGGAAGAGCUACAGUCUCGCGCCAUGUCAUCAUCUAUUUGUGACACACAGCUGUUUGGAGCGGUGGUUAGCUAUCAAGAACAUUUGUCCACAGUGCAGGCGGCCUCUGCCUCCUCUGUGAGAGGUAUCUCUGGGAUGUUGUAUACUUACGUCGUAUCGUACAGCCGUACGAUGAGGGGUCAUAAUAAUGCAAUCGACUGAACAGAUUGUUUGCAGACCCUCGCGUCGUGGAACAUUGAGUCUUGACCAAUACAGUCGUACACGUUGCGUCAGCUCGGUUCUGCAGUACAUCCGGCAUGGCCCAUUGUAACACGAAGCAAUGUAUUGACCGGACAACGCUUUGUAGGUCUUGUCACCCUCCACAAGAUCACAAAACGUGAUCGCGAGAUUGACAUUGGGAGCCGUGCAGGCU